AUGAAUUGUCGUCAACAACCUCUGCAACAACUUUUUUCCCAGCUCAACUACAACGCUGCCUUCCCGAGUUGCAGCAAGCAAUCGCAAUGCAGACAACAAAAACAUCUGCAACCGCAACAACAACUGCAACGACAGCAACAACAACUUCAACAACCACAACAACGACAACAACUGCUACGACAGCAACAACAACUUCAACAACCACAACAACGACAACAACUGCAGCAACAACAACAAUUUCAACAAACAUCGCAAACAUUGCCACCACUGUCGCCUUUGGUGUCUCUCACGUCUCUCACGCCAGCUGCAACUUCGCAACAACGUUCAAAAACGGCGACGACAUUAACAAUGAUGACGACCGCAACGACGUUUGCGACAAAAAUUGAACGCAGCCACACGCCGCAUUCAACGGCGCCACAUCAACUGAUAGCUGAACUUCAGAAGACUCAACAUCGGCUACAACAGCAGCAGCAACAGCAGCAGCAACAACAACGACAAUCCUUCAAACAAAACAAACUCCAAAAUCUUUACAUUGACGCUGAUUCUAAUGUGCCAACAUCACCAUUUCAAUCAUUAUCACCAACGGCAAACCCUUCUUCGUUGACUUUGUUAUCAUCGCCACCAACAGCAUCUUCAUCGUCGUCUUCAUCAUCUUUCUCAUCACUAGCUCUAUCGUCUUCAUCACCUUUGAAACCUUCUUCAUCAUCACUGUCGCCAUCCUCAUCGUCUUCCUCAACGUUUCAGUCUCAUUCCUCAACAAAGUUACAAUCAGUUUCAUCAAAUGUUUCAUACCCAGACUCUGCUGCUCUAUCAACUUUUUUAUUCAAAUCUUCAUCUUCAUCAUCAACAACAACAACAGGAAAAACAACGACGACAUUAACCAAAACAUCGGCCUCAACAACAACAACAACAACGAGACCAACAAAUACAACCCUCACAGCUGCAUCCAACAUUAGUCCCAGCAUUAAUAACUCAAGCAGUAGAAGCAGCGGCGACAGUAACAAUAGCAGCUACCACAACCUCGAUUUUUUUUCAUCCUUUCCUCUUCACGACGACGACUUUUCGAACAGUGCCGAAGACUUCACGUCGGCCUAUCUCGAGUACAACUUGUUAGCACUAGCCAAUCAGGAAUUAGUACCUAUUUCCGUCGAUGACGUAAUGGCAUUAGAUUCAAAAGAUUAUAAAAACAUCAAAAAUAACGAGGAAACGUUUCUACCUCUGGUUCCAAUUAAACCGGAAAGUAGUAGUGCCACCCAGAUAGAGGGGGAUGAGAAAUGCCGCAAAAAAGAUUGUAAGGACUCGGUCCUUAGUCCCAAUCCCACCGCUGAUACUAGAGUAAAAGAAACGGCUGGGAAUAAACCGGGACACAAGCGUCGAUUGAUUCUACAUGAUUCCCUGAGGAAGAACAGACGCAGGGAGCAGAACCGCAUCGCCGCCAGGAAGUGCAGGGAAAAGAAAAGAGUUCAAGUUGAUUCUAUUUUAAAAGGCUACGCCGACACGUUGAAAGAGAAUAAGAAGCUGAAACAAGAGACUCAAGUCUUAAAACUGGUCGUGAACAACUUGCAGAACGUCCUAACUAGCCAUCAAAAAGUUUGCAAUACUUUAGAAAUGAAGGAGAUCAGCGGCGCAUCUUUCAUUUCAUCAGCGAGCGUAAGAACUAACUCGCCUACCACCGCGCCACUGCCAUUUGCGACCACAGAUUUUGCCUGUUUGCCUUCAAAAAAUCUCGACUUCGAUUUCUCAGAUAGCAAUAUAAAUAUAUAA